UCGGGUCACACUUCGCCGUGACCUACGUUCGUUAUCGUCUGCAAAGCACUCGCUAUGCUCCUAUUCUCAUUUCAUCAAGCGGUAGUUCAUUUUUACUCGUUGCAGAGUGAUGAAGUACGUGUUUGUUGUUACGGUAGCGGCUUUGAUGCUGCUGUCUAUAGCGGAAGUUACAGCAGAUUCGCCGCGACGAAUUCAGUCACUAAGACGAAAGCCGUCACCGUCCUGUGGAGUUCGGAAGGUAACGAGCGGCGGUCUGAUCGUAGGUGGACACGAUUCGAUUCCCGGAAAUUGGCCCUGGCAUGCAGCAGUUUAUCACGUCAGCGGAACUAAUCACCAGCGCGAUUACAAAUGUGGUGCAACACUAAUCAAUGCUCGUUAUUUGCUGACUACGGCUUCCUGUGCCUAUCAUGGACGCGGUAAGCCCGAAGGGGCGAUUGUGGUGGAGCUUGGACAGUUUAAUUUGGUUGAAUCUUUCGCUGGAAAGAGAGAUGCAGUGGUGCAAAAUGUUUCCAUCCACGAGAAGUACGUCCCCGGCGAAAUAAUGAAUGACAUAGCCUUGCUGCGACUGAAGAAAGACGUUGUCUUCACGAAAUACAUUCAACCGGUUUGUUUACCGAAUUCUUCCGAUUCUAUUGAAAAUUUCGUCGGCCAGAAGGGAACCAUCGUUGGCUGGGGCUAUCGGGCAGAUGGUAAACUUUCUGAAAAAUUGCAAGCUUUGAAGGUUCCGAUAGUAUCCUAUAUCGAUUGCUUGACGAGUGAUCGGGAUUUCUUCCUGCGUAAUAUAUACUCCGGAAUGUUCUGUGCCGGAUCGACUAACGCAACGACUCCCUGCUUUGGAGACGCUGGAGGGGGAAUGUUUUUCCAGGAGGAUCGGGCGUGGAUGUUACGCGGAAUAGUUUCGUUCACUUCAUCUUCAGCUACGGUAACUAUGAACUGUGACCCCCAAAAGUACUUCGGAUUGGUCAACGUGGCUCAUUUCAAGCAGUGGAUUGAGGAAACGAUUGCCCGUUUGAACGAUACCAGCAAGCCUGCCGUUGCCCAAGCGCAGCGGCAGCAGCAACAACAGCAACGGUUCUGAUAGGUGAAGUGGAAAGCCGUAGCGAUUUAAUCUGGAGCUACAAAUGGUGUGGUGUGUGUGAGUGCGUGUAUUAGUGAGUAUGGAACAAUGUGCGAACGGCGGCGUCCUCAUCGCAAUGCGAGGGAAACGUGCGGUGAUUGUGCAGCAAUAUUUUGAUUACACCCAUUUUGGAUAAAAAAGGCAAGAUUUAAAGCAAAUUAUUGUUAUUUAUCCGCUUGAGCAUUCUUUUCAUUUCAACUUUUUGAGGUUUUGUUUCUUCGCCGCAUUAUUUUCUGCUGCUGCUGCUGUUGCUCUCGUGGUCAGUAUAUUUUGAAUGUUCGUUUGUUUCGGUUCAGUAGCGUGGCUAGGUAGCAGAGAGAUGAAAAGAGAAUUUCGAGUAUCGGGUAAAACAUCUGAUACUCAACUAAUAAAGUUUAUAUCAUUUAGAAACAGAUGCUGUAACAAUGUAGAGUGAACGUCAAGAGACUCAUAGCUCGUUAAGAACCUCAUGCGAUUUAAUCUUUACUCCGCAAUGGUUGCUUGAGAUUACCGAGGAAAACCCAUGACUUCAUGGCAAUACAAAACUAUUAACAUUUUAAGAUGAUUUGUUCGCUUUCCAGAUUUUUGUCAGUAUGCGUUAUAAUACAGUCUUUUCCAAAUACAAACAUUACUAUGUAUUAGCACAUUUAGGUCUGUAAUCUCUUCAGAAUGUGAUAAUAAUAAGUUAACAAGUGUAUUCAGCUCUCCUUUAGUGGGUGACUAGGAAUUAAAAAUUUGAUGUUAGGCCCAACUUAAUCAACAACAGAUGAGAAAUGUUUCGAUGAGUAAAAAAGCAAACACAAGAAGUUGGUACUCAAGUUCAAAAUUUUCCUUGUAAGAAGUGUACUAAUUAAACCAUAUUUUUUUAAAUCAAUCACAAUUGUCUAUAUUGAUUGAUAUUAGAGAUAAGAUUUCCCUUGGUAUAUUCUUUUCUUUUUUUUUUGAGAAAAGGCACAAUGCUCAUCAAUUGAUUUUCAUUUUUUUAGUAAACUAGAGGUUGCAAAACAA